AUGCAGGAAGCAUCAUGUGCAGGUCCUUCAUUGCACAAUGGAUCCAAUUCAGCACCUGAUAUCGUUCUCAGCACAGUGUCCAUGGAAAUGGAUGAAGAGAGGUUAUCGCUGGCACAGCGGAGGAGCCAACGUGUUGGCAUCCUCAUGCCGCUGCGCUAUAGACAGCAUGAUGAUGUACUUCCGGAGCCUCCCCCGAGUCGAUACAUCUACUAUGCCUCCUACAUUGUUCUGAGCUCCUCCUUUCCACACAGCGAGGAAUGUUUUCGGCCUAAGGUCGUAACUCUCCGAGAUAUCAGUUCUAUCCCAGUUGUUACUCCAGAAGAACCAGAUAUCCCCGCAGAGCCCCACAAUAUUUCGUUUCAUCCAUACCCCAACCAAUCCUCUUUUGAGCUCGGUCAUUGGUACUGGAAUGGCAGUGUGCAGAAGUCCCAUCAAAGCUUUAAGGAACUGAUCGACAUCGUUGGACAUCCAAAUUUCGAUCCUGACGAUGUGCGAAGUAUGCAGUGGAACAAGAUCAACUCGCAAUUGGGAGCGAGCGUUCUGAAUGAAGAAAGAGACGAAUGGGAGGAUGAUGAUGCAGGUUGGCUCAAAAUGCAAGUGAUGAUCGACGUUCCUUUUUCCUGGACCACAGCUCAGCCGGGGGCUCGACCUUACAUUGCAGCAGAUCUUUACCAUCAACCUCUCAUUUCUGUUAUUCGGGAAAAGCUCUCAAACGCUCAGGACGAUGAACUCUUCCAUUACGAGCCUUACCAGCUGCGAUGGAGCGCCCCGCAUCUUCUACAUGAAGUGAAUAUUCAGGGCGAGUUAUACACAUCACCAGCCUUUUUGGAUGCGCACCGUGAACUGCAGGAGUCUCCUAGAGAGCCAGCAUGUGAUUUACCCCAUGUGGUCGUCGCACUCAUGUUCUGGUCAGAUGCUACCCAUUUGACAACUUUCGGUAAUAUGAAACUAUGGCCGGUAUACAUGUACUUUGGGAACGAAUCAAAGUACCGCCGGUGUAAACCAUCCUGCAAUCUGGGUAAUCAUGUAGUGUACUUUCAAAAGCUUCUGGACUCGUUCAAAGACUUCGCAGGUACUUACACCCAAGGCAAAGGAGUUGGCCGCGAAUGCACAACACAUUGCCACCGUGAAUUAUUCCAAGCUCAAUGGAGUGUUUUGCUUGAUCCUGAGUUUUUAGAGGCAUAUGAACAUGGGAUUGUGAUUCCAUGUUGUGAUGGCGUCAAAUGCAGGUUUUACCUGCGAAUAUUUACCUAUUCUGCUGACUAUCCUGAGAAGGUUCUUAUUGUGGUGAUCCGGCAGCUGGGAGGCUGUCCUUGUCCACGAUGUCUUAUACCAACGGAACAAGUUCACAAUCUAGGAAUGAGUCGUGAUAGGCAACAAUGUAUGACUCUUGCACGCUCCGAUGCCUCGAGGAGUCAGCUGGUUGCUACAGCACGUGGGUUUAUCUACAAGAAGAACUAUGGUGUAGACAGUACGGCUGUUGAGUCCCUGCUCAAGCCAAAUUCAUGGGUACCAACAUCCAACACGUUCUCGGACCGCCUUGGUCCAUUUGGAUUCGAUGUGUUCAUUGCACUCGUUGUCGAUCUUCUACAUGAGUUUGAGCUUGGGGUAUGGCGCAUACUUUUAGUUCACUUAUUGAGAAUUCUUUGUGCCCUGAAUAAGGACCUCAUCCAUGAGCUUGACAAGAGGUUCAGGCAGGUGCCCCCAUUCGGACCAGCGACCAUUAGGCGAUUCUCUGCAAACACUUCCAAAAUGUUGAACAUGGCAGCACGAAACUUCGAAGAUCUCUUACAAUGUUCUAUCCCGGUCUUCGAUGGCCUUCUCCCCAGCAAUCACAAUGAAAUCAUUUUGGAUCUCCUGUUCACCAUGGCACACUGGCACAGACUUGCGAAGCUCCGUAUGCAUUCAGACCUGACUUUAGAUAUACUCGACCAACAAACGACUGAUCUGGGCAAACAGUUUCGUAAGUUCAAGACAAAAGUGUGCACUGCAUACCACACCCAGGAACUCGACUGCGAAGCCGACGCGUGGUCUUGCCAACAGGCAAAGGAGGCAGCUAAGUGGGCAGGGAAAGGCAAGGCAAAUGAUGCUGUGCGAGGGACUGCGGCUCCACAACCUAGAGCAGGUGCUAACGCCAAAGGGAAAGAGCCUGCGAGUCCGGAGCAGUUGCGGAGGAGUAAGCCGUUCAAUUUUCAAACUUACAAGUUUCAUGCGCUUGGGGAUUAUGUGGCCUGCAUCCGUCACUUUGGAACAACGGAUUCAUAUAGCACUGAACCAGGAGAAUUAGAGCAUCGUACGCCGAAAGGCAGAUACCAUCGCACUAAUCAAAGGACAUUUGUUAGCCAGCUGACUCAGAUCGAGCGUCGUCAAACGCGUCUAUGCCACAUCAAGCAAUGGCAACAACAUUCAGCCCAUCGUACAGAGGUGAACGAAACAGUGAGCGAUCCCCAACUACACCAUCACAUUGGUCGAAGCGAGAAGAUUUAUGAUGAGAUUGGCCACUACCUCCGCAGCCAUGCGAAAGAUCCCACUAUGAAGGACUUCCUGCCUCAAUUGAAAGACCAUAUUCUAGAUCGACUCAAGCCAGGGGAGAAAUCGGCCAGUCUUGACCAAGAUCGUGACUCGAUUCUCUUCAAGCGAAACCGAAUAUAUCACCACAACCUCGCACAAUUUAACUAUACCACCUAUGAUGUUCGAAGGGCUCAAGAUGUCAUAAAUCCCAAGACGCCUCAUUGCAACAUCAUGUUACUCAAACAUCAUGACGAUCAUGAUGAUGAGGGCCACUACCAUUAUGCCAAAGUCCUUGGCAUACACCAUGUUAAUGUUGUUCGCAUAGGGAACAUGUACGAAUCCCGCCGAUUAGAAUUUCUUUUCGUUCGAUGGUAUGAAUCUUCCCAAAGUCACUCAUGGGGAACACGCAGAUUAGGUCGCGUUCAUUUCAUGCCUCUGGCAAAUCGGCAUGCAUUCGGUUUUGUGGAUCCAGCAGUCGUUCUCAGGGCAUGUCAUAUCAUACUGGCAUUCUUGCGAGGUCAGUGCAAUCCCAGUGAAUGCGGGAUUUCCACUGUUGCGGGAGAUGAACAUGACUGGCACAAGUAUUACAUUAACAGCUUUGUCGAUCGAGACACCAUCAUGCGCUUCCAUUACGGCCUUGGAGUAGGGCAUGUGUACUCUCAUGAGGCUCGAAUCCCAGAAUGCCCUUGUUCGGCGCAAGAGGCACCUCACCCUGUCCCACAGACCACACCACAGUCAAGCGAACGUUCAGAAAGGGACGAAACCCUCGUGGAGACCUCUAACCGGCAAGCUCCUGCUGACAAUGACGAUGAAGGGGACGAAGAGGAAGAUCACGUUGGAGUCGAAGAACUGGAUUUCUUUGAGCAGGAACGAAAUGGCAGCUCGGAGUCACUCGUCGAGGCACUAGACAAGAUGUUCACUGACCAUAAAACUAUUCACUCAUUUCCAGCAGUCAAUUCACUUGUUUACAGCGGCCAAUUACUCGUUUCUGGUGGCCAAUUUACCGAUCCCUGGCCAUCACCACUGGCCACGGUAUGCUCAAUCCCUGGCCAUCACCACUGGCCAUGGUAUGCUCAAUCCCUAGCCAUCACCACUGGCCAUGAUUUGAUGAUUCCUGACCUUCGCCAAUCACUGGCCAUUGCAAUUUCAUUUAUCGGUCCCUCCAAUUUUGUGCCGCCUCCAAGUUCUUUGAUCACCAUGCAGGCUCUUCCCCCUGCUCCGAUUUACGUGUCAAAACGGAAGCAGGCCUUCAAACUUGUCCAGCUACCUAAUACUACACAGCUGUUCGUUGGAUUCACUGAGCACCUUUUCCUCUGCACAGAGUUCGCACCAGACCUUGUUUUGCCAACUGUAGGGGUGUUGGCCAUCACACAGCAGGGGGAUGUAGUAUUUCACACUGUAUUUGAAAAAGAGGCUGGUGACAGUGAUUUUCUUCGGAACGUGAACACCGCGUUUUGCAGCCCAAACUUCAGAGGGCUUGGCAGUGCCUUGUGGCCUGUCACAUUGUUGUCGCACCAUUCAAUCAUAUUCAAUGCAGCACCGUUUCCCUACGGAUACUCACCACCUGCACCUGUUCUGCACAUAUCACACCUUCCUUCAACUGAACUUGAUGAAGUGGUUCCUGAUGGAUCCAUACUACCUGCCCCUCUCACUGCCACAGCGCCUCUUCUGCACGUGUCACAGGCCCCAGCCCUUCCUUCAACUGACGAAGUAUUUCCUUAUGAACCCAUGGCACCUGCCCCCCUCAUUGCCGCCGAGGCGGCUCCUCAUCCGCACAUGUCACAGGCUUCAGUCCUUCCUUCGACUGACGAAGUGUUUCCUUAUGGACCCAUGCCAUUUGCCCCUCUCGCUGCCAUCGAGGCGGCACCUCUUCCUCAUAUAUCUUCCGCCCCUCCGUCGAUUAACGAACAGUCUGUAUACACAUCAUAUUAUCCAUCCAUUACCUCGUUUAAUGGCUACACCGAGAACUCGAGUGAUCACCCACUCGUUACUGCUGUGCCAGCUGGUUCCGUCGAGGAUCCGAUGGUUUACUUCGAUACCAAUGACAUCCUUGCUGAACAGCUUCCACAGGUGGUGUUUCACCAGGCGUUGAUCUGGAAAGGCGUGGAUGUCAAGUUGGAAUCUGACCUCCGGGUGGCUAUUUCCGCUGCACUGGGAAAAUACCUCUGGAAUCACGUAUUAUUCUUGACGAAGUGCCUUUACCUCGGUUCUCUAUGGGUCGAAGUAGCAAACCCAUUCAAUCUUUCCGAACCAGCAGGAAGGCAGCUGAUUAGCACUUGCUUGCUCAUGGCAAUAGAUCUUGAUUGCACCACAUUACAAUAUCUGGAAGACAACCCGGUGAUCAUGAAGGGUCAGGAAACCUCACCCAUCAGAUGGAACACGCUUCGUCUAACUUUCUGUAAUCACAUUGAGAACAGAACUUCAGAGAUGCGUAAAGCCGUCCAGGCCUGCAUAUUAACACCCACGGGAUUUUCAGGUUCCACAAUGGAGGAGCAGAAUGUGAGAGUUGAUUACUUUUUUACACUUCUCUUGUCAACUCAUCGAGAAAGAGUUCAGCAGGCUAUUACAGAAAUUGUGGAGCUCCAAUUAUUCAAAGAACUUCUUUGGAUAGCCCUUUUUCAACCGAUGAAUGGCUUGUGCAAGGGCAAUCGCGACAGGAGAAUCGCAGACCUCUUUCCUGAAGAAAUCCGAGGGCCCAAUGGUCUAUUACAGAAGGGUGUAGUGGGGACAUUACUAACCAUCAUAUUCCAUACAUUUCAUAAUUGGUGCACGCCGAAAAAGCCGGGCCGCGACCUGAAUAUCGUGUUUCAUGACAUUAUGCUCGCACUCACAUGGAUGUACGCCAACCCAACCCAGUUUGUCAGGUUCACAGAGGCAAUCAAGAUGUUGCCUUUCUUAAGCGCCGCGAAUGUGUUUCCGAUGGACACAAAAAACCUCUGUCCAAAGACGUGCCUGCAAAAGAGGCAACCAAAAUGUCUGAGUGAUCUUACACCUAUCAUCCAGGUGGUUGUCAAUGGUUCCAGUCUUCCUAAUGCGGUAUUCACAUCUUUGCAUUCACAAAGAAUUUGGCAGCAGGUGGAUGAUUCAUGCUUCGAUGAUGUACUUUGA